GUGUUUUUUUAUCAGUCAAAAGCUCUACUUUCGGUGUUUCACUUCGUGUUUUGAUUUUUUUCAUUUUGAAAUUUGAAAGAAAUGUAAAGCAAGUUGAGAGUGAAACACGAGCCAAUACAAUGUCAAUAGCGAAAAUGGAGAUCCUCAAACUUUAUCGAGCUUUGCUGAAGGAAAGCAGCAAGUUUUCCAAUUAUAAUUUCAGAAUGUAUGCUUUGAGGAGAAUAAAAAGCAGAUUUAGAGAAAAUCAGUUCCUCACCGAUUCUGCGGAAAUUGAGUCAUGGUAUAAAGAUGGCCAGAAGAAUUUAGAUAUUAUUAAAAGACAGGUGGUUAUUAAUGAUUUGUACAAAGCUGAGAAAUUGGUGAUUGAAAAUGAGAGAUGAAGCACUGUAUCUGUAGCAUUUGUACGUGUGUUGUUCUUGUUAAGAGUAUUUGUAAAUAUUAGUUGAAUAAAUUGUUGGAUUUUUUGAUAAGAAAA